UUGGAAGAUAGGAUGGGAAGGGUUGAAAAGAGGAAUGAAGAGUUGAUUGAUAGAUUACAAGUUAUAAGAGCUUAUAAAAUGGGAGUAUUACCAAUACCACCUGAAGGUGUUGAAGGGUUGGAUGAAGAUGAAGAUGAUUCUGGGUCAGAGUUUGAAGGGGAAGAUGGUGAUGGGGAAGGGAAAGGGAGAAUGAGAGGAACGGUGGAUGUGGAUACUUUUAUGGUGAAUGGAAUGGGGAGAUCCUCUAUGGAUGGUGUCGUCGGUUCGAAUAAGAUACAUAACUUGUCAAACAACAUUGACGCAAGACAAGAAGAUGAUGAAAAUCUCGGGAAUUUCAAACAACUUCAAUUCCAAAAAGUGAUUCAUGAAGAUCCUGAUGGGGUAGAUAUAGUACAAGAAGUCAUAUCACUCCAAGAACGUUUCACAAUGAUGAAAGAAAGUUGAAAAUCAACCUACCAGGUUUGGUCAUAUGUAGGUAUGUAUGACUACUUGUAAUAUACCAUAGUUUGUGUUUGAGGAAUUUCCAUGGGUUUGGGAAGAAAGAAUGACGGAUGGAAAGUAUGAUGAGUUGGAUUAUACAAGUAGUGAAUUUAUACGUAUCACCUUUUUGUCUCCACUCAAAUGACGUACAUGUUACAUCAUGUUCAUGCAUCGAUUAUGGUAU